AACAGGAAGGGCUGACUUGAUUCAUUCCAACCGCGUUUGUAGUUCUUAAAGAUGGGAAGCAUGGCUGAAUUACUAGAUAGAAAAAGAUUCUUCUUAUCUAUCAUAUACCUUUUACUUUCGAUCCCAAUUGUGUCCAGUUGGAGUGACACAGUCGUCUCAACAGUCCCGUUGAAGGAUGGGGACACGAUAAUUUCAUCUGGUGGGUUCUUCGAAAUGGGGUUCUUCAGCCCCAGGAACUCAAAGAACAGGUAUAUUGGUAUAUGGUACAAGAAUAUACCCACAAGAACUGUGGCUUGGGUCGCCAAUAGGGAAGCCCCAGUUACCGACAAAUCAGGCAUGUUAAAGAUGAUAAAUUCAGGGGUUCUUACCAUUGUGAACGGCAAGAACACGAUUGUAUGGUCUUCUAAUACUUCAAGAACUACACAAAACCCGAUAGCACAACUUUUAGAUUCCGGGAAUCUUGUUGUGAGAGAUAAAAGUGACGGAAAGCCAGAUAAUUUCCUCUGGCAAAGUUUCGACUAUCCUGGUGAUACACUUCUACCCGGCAUGAAGAUUGGGAAAGACUUGUUGUCUGGAAAAGAGAAUUAUAUCACUUCAUGGAAAAGUGCCGAUGAUCCAUCUUCAGGAGAUUUCACAUUCGGAUGUGAUCUUCAUGGAUACCCACAUCAAGUUAUUAAAAAAGGGCAGAUUGUGCAAUAUCGAAGUGAACCAUGGAACGGUAUUGAUUUCGGUGGGAUUUCGGUCCUACCACAAAAUGCAAUUUAUACAUUUGAUAUGGUUUUCAAUGAGAAAGAGGUGUUUUAUAAGUACAAAUUGAUAAACUCCUCUAUGAUAUCAAGGUUGACGAUGAACCAAUCCGGAGUUGCACAGCGGUGGGUCUGGGCAGACCAAGUAAACGAUUGGAUCGUUUACUUUUCCGUGCCUACGCCCGAUGGUUGUGAUCUAGUAUGUGGUGCUUAUGGUAGCUGUAACACCAACAGCUUUCCGAAAUGUGGGUGUUUGGAUAAGUUUGUGCCGAAGUACCAAAAUGAGUGGAAUGGCGCAAAUUGGUCGAAGGGUUGUGUGAGGAGCAAACCGUUGGAUUGCAAGACGGAUGGAUUUAUGAAGCACACGAAUGUUAAAUUGCCGGAUCCGCGGUAUUCAUUGUUUUACGGAAACUUGACUCUUGUGCAAUGCCAGAAGUUAUGUUUGAAAAACUGCUCUUGUAUGGCUUAUGCAAAUAUAUUGAAAAAAGGCGGAAACGGCUGUUUGCUUUGGACGGGUGAUCUGGUUGACAUUCAAGAAGCUCCUUCUUUUACUUCAGAGAUCUACGUCAGGCUAGCCUUCUCGGAUUUAGUGAGUGUUUCAGGUUCUCAUAAGAAGAAACGUAAAAUGAUUCCGUUGAUCAUUGGAGUAGUUGUUGGGAUGUCGAUAACCCUGGGCCUGAUAUUCGUUCUUUGGAGAAAAUGGAAGAAGAAUUCAGUGCCGAAGGGAGAAGGUAACCAACUUUACACCAAUGAAAGCCGGAAGGAAGAUCUCGAGCUGCCAUUAUUCAAUUUAUCUGAAAUAGCUAAGGCUACGCAUAACUUUUCGUUUAACAAUAAGCUCGGAGAAGGCGGCUAUGGGCCAGUUUACAAGGGUGUUCUUCAAGAUGGAAAAGAAGUAGCGGUAAAGCGGCUCUCAGAAACGUCCAAUCAAGGACUUGAUGAAUUCAAAAACGAAGUUAUUUGCAUAUCUAAGCUUCAACAUAGAAAUCUCGUGAGGCUUCUUGGAUGCUGCAUUCAAGGAAACGAAAAGAUGUUAAUCUAUGAAUACAUGCCUAAUAAAAGCCUGGAUUACUUCAUAUUCGAUGAAAGUCGGAAAAAAUUACUUGAUUGGCCCGAGCGCUUCAACAUCAUCAAUGGAAUUGCCCGAGGGCUGCAGUAUCUUCACGAAGAUUCAAGAUUGAGGAUUAUCCAUAGAGAUCUUAAAGCAAGCAAUAUUUUGUUGGAUUUCGACAUGAAUCCAAAAAUAUCGGAUUUUGGCAUGGCAAGAAGCUUUGCGGGAAACGAAACUCAAGCAAAUACAAUGAAAGUGGUCGGAACUUACGGUUACAUGUCCCCGGAAUAUGCAGUGGAUGGUCUUUUCUCGGUAAAAUCAGAUGUAUUUAGCUUCGGUGUUUUGGUGUUGGAGAUUGUGACCGGGAAGAAAAACCGAGGGUUCAUUCACCAUGACCACCAUCAUAACCUUCUUGGACAUGCCUGGAUACUAUAUCAUGAAGGCAGGUCGAUGGAGCUAAUCGACACGAAUUUAAGCGACUCGUGCCAUCUAUACGAAGUGCUAAGAUCAAUCGAGUUGGCUUUGUUAUGCGUUCAACGUAGCCCUGAAGACAGGCCGAGCAUGUCUUCAGUGGUCGUGAUGCUUAGUAGCGAAGGCGAACUACCACAACCAAAACAACCCGGUUUCUUCUAUACCGAACACAUCCCUAAAGAUGACAUGUCGUCAAGUAUUCAUGCACCAACUUCAACGACUGCAAUGACCAUUACGCUAGUCGACGGUCGGUAGAUAACCGGUUGUGGGAAAAAAAUUGUUCAUAUAUGUCGUUUUAUCUCGUGUAAUGAAAUGGUCGAUAAACGGUCGUAAAAGGACAUAAAAGUUUUUACUCCAUAUCU